AGUACAUGCAAUAAAGAGAAAGGCAGCAGCAGCAGCAUCUCUGUAUCUCCCUCCCUCUUACACCUCUCUGCAGCCCACGGGUUCCUGCACAAUCCCGAGGAGUCACCCAAAGAGCUUCUGAUCAGGGACAAAUGACAGCGUGUCCCUGAGUGAUUAAUCACUGGGAGCAGAGCCGAGGGGAGAGGGAUGAGGGGAGAGCUGGAAAAACUGCUGCGUUUGGAGCUUUACAGGAGAGAUCGGAAUCAAAGCUGAGCUGGAGGUGUCUGGAGAGGAUCUGAGCAUCCUGGGGUUUUACUAAAGAGAAAAGAGAGAGAGAGAGAUUCAGACUGCAGAGGAUCCCCAGGCAGCUGCAGUGCAAACAAUGCUGUAAAAUCGCAAGAAGGAGACGCAAGAGAGAGAGAGCGAGAAGGUGAGAGAAGCUGCAGGCUGAUACAAUUGACUUUACAAGCUGUUAAAAUGCCAGAGCAAAGUAACGACUAUCGGGUAGUUGUUUUUGGAGCAGGAGGUGUUGGAAAGAGUUCUCUAGUCCUGCGUUUUGUAAAAGGAACGUUUCGGGACACAUAUAUUCCCACCAUUGAGGACACAUAUCGCCAGGUUAUCAGUUGUGACAAAAGUGUCUGCACUUUGCAGAUCACGGACACAACUGGAAGUCACCAAUUUCCAGCAAUGCAACGUCUCUCAAUUUCUAAGGGUCAUGCCUUUAUUCUGGUGUUCUCUGUUACUAGCAAGCAAUCCAUAGAGGAACUCAAGCCAAUCUACCAGCAAAUAUUGCAGAUCAAGGGUAGCAUAGAGAACAUUCCUGUAAUGCUGGUUGGAAAUAAAUGUGAUGAAACACAGAGAGAAGUGGACACAAAGGAAGUUGAGGCUCUGGCCAAAGAAUGGAAAUGUGCCUUUAUGGAAACAUCAGCCAAGAUGAACUACAAUGUAAAGGAACUUUUCCAAGAGCUACUAAACUUGGAGAAACGGAGAAAUAUGAGCUUAAACAUAGAUGGCAAAAGGUCCAGCAAGCAGAAGAGAGCAGAAAAAAUCAAGGGGAAAUGCAGCAUCAUGUAGUGAUACAAAGUCCUGGUUUACCCAUUUCAUGCUCGACCACAGUCGCAAAAGGUUUUCUUUCCUUUUGAAAAAUCGAAGAUUCCAUGUAACUCGCUGCAUUCUAUCACUGUGAGCGCAUAGGCAUACACUAAUCGCCUUGCACGUUCAUUGUGCAGCACCGUAUGGUUUGCUUUGUAUCUACUUGUCCCAUUCUUAUUAUUUUUUUAUGAACAGUGAACAAAUCUGUCAUCCAAAUAUAUUCUAACUAUUUAUUUUUCAAUAUCUGUUCUCCAUCACCCAAGGCUGACUUUGAGAUAAAUUCAUGUUCUGAAACUGGCCUAAAAACUAAAAAUACUCAAAUAGAUAAGCGGAAUUUAUUUUUCUUUCGGUUUAUGUUAAUAUGUGGUGCUUAAAAGAAAUAUCAGAAAAAAAUUGUCAAUCAGUUAGUGAAGAUGUUAUAUUGGGAUCACAAGAAAAGGACAUCAAUGAAGACAAUUCCCACCUUGCAAUACUCAGAAGAACUUUAAUAAAGAAUCUAGCUAAAAUAUUGAAAGAGGCAUAACGAAAAGCAGGAAUGAAGUGAUUGGCGCGUAUAAUGGUUUUGGAGACAAAAAAUAUUUGAAUAUUUAGACAUCUGAAGCAAACAAACUGAAAAGUGUUCUCAUAAGAUAUGAUAACAAGCAAGUGGCCUAUGGACAUGGCCAAGUGUCUGCAUAGGAAAAAUCCACAUAUGAAACAUACAGUAGUUACAAUUACAUGGAUGCAACAAGUCUUCUUAUGAGUUAGUUUGAACUCCUUACCUAGGUUUGCCUUCUGUAAGUAUGCCAAAUUUUAACCUGCAUUUUAAUAGCUUCUAAUUAUAAAACAAAAAACCAGAAGGUGGCACUUAUUAUUUUAUACAGGUUAUAUUGCCAAAUACAUACACCAUUCAAAAAUGAAUUAAUCACAGAUUUUUACUUCUCUAAAUCUAUAAGGAAAAUGCCAUGAAAUGAUCACUGUUAUUCAGUAUGUAUUUUGUGUGACGUUAUAGCAAAAAGUAUUUUUUUAUUAACAGAAACAUGCAGUAUCUUUGUGACAUUGGUGUAUUUGUAAAGAGAAGACAGUUCAGUCAACAAAUAUUCUAUCAAUGUAAUCAGUUCUAAUAACGGAAAUCACAUUAAGAAUUCUCCAUAACUCUGCAGGAGAAAAAGGGGUCAGAGAGUGCCAAGACCUCAUGGAUUUAUUUUCUAAUAUAAGUAAAAAUGAACUUCAGAUGUCUGAAAGAUCAACGUGCUCCACCUUCUGCAGAAAUGAAAAUGUUGUUCUCCUUCCCAGCAAAAUCAGUUUUAUCAUGAAUUGUAUUUAUAUAGCAUUAUUCAUAGCAACCCCAAAAGAUGUUAAAAUAACCUUUGAAUGUGGACUUGAUAUUCUAACUGGAAACUGGCUUGUUGUUUAAUACUAUUAAUUCCAUUCAUUAGGGUAAAAACUAGGGAAGAUAUUUUAUAACAACUGUAUUGUGAUCUUCACAUUUCUUGAACUGACAUUUUCGUGUUACCUUUCAUGAUGUAGAUAAUAGCAGUUACAUGCUUUAUGUAACACAUUGAAAAGGCCCAAGUUUGAAAAUCACAAUGUAAGAAACAGGUUGUCAUACAAAAAAAAGGCUUAAAGUGCUGUUUAAUCUAUUUUUUCUAUAACGCAUAAAAGUACAAAACCUAAUAUAACUCAGGCCCAUGUAAGUGUGUUCACAAGCACAAUGUAAAUAUAUUUAUUGGAAUAUACUGAAUAGCACAAACUGUAGUCACAAAAAACGUGGAACUCCUUCGGCAACAAAGAGACCAUCAACAUAUUGAAGACUACAAUUUACAAUGUUUCUGAAGGUUUAAAAAGUACAAAUUAAUGUUUUUGUUCUAUAGGCUUGAACAAUAUGAUGUCCAAAUGUGUGGCAAAUGUUUAUAAAGUAACCUACAGAUAUGGUGUGUCUAGAAAAAUCUAAUGGUCCAAAAUGUUGAACUAUUCUGAAUAAACAAUAUAUCUUUAACAGCAACCAUCAGGAGCAGUGCUAGAAAAACAUUGGCAGAUUACAGCACUGCUUCCUGAAAUUCAGUUACACAGUAUUUAACCAGAAAAUGAGCACAAGUUAGGUAAAUAUGAACAGCAAGAUCCAAUUAUUAGCAAAUUAGCAAUGAGGGUAAAAAGAUAAUAUCACGAUAAUGAAAAUUGUUAGUUGCAAAUAAUUCAUACAUGAUCAAGAUAAAUAGUUUUGUUGACAACCUUUAUGUUACAGUAGGUUUUCAGUCUAGAGGGUCAACUAAAGUAAGAGAAGCAAAAAUAGUUAAAAGAAACAGAUGAUAAUAAUAACAGUAAUAAAAGUAUUCUAUGAUAAAAAGUCAAUAUUAAAGUAUUACUGAUCAGGGAUGAAAUGUUGCAUGUAUACAGGAUGAGAAUAACUGUUUGAAAGGUAUGAACAGCCUAUAUUAAACCACUAUGAGCUGUCUGAAAUGGAAUAACAUUCAAAUGGUACAAAAAAUAUCAUUUUGCUGAAACUCAAGUAAAGAAAUCAUGUUUCCUGGACAAGAAAUGGCAUAUACAAUAUAGGUGGAAUCGGGGAAAGAAUGGUUCAAGUAACUAUACUUGCCAGUUUUAUGGAGAAAUCAAUGGCAUAGAUUGACAAGAACCGUAACCAAGCAUAAAAUCCACUGGAAUGCAGAUGAAACGGAAGCUUAAACAUCCAUAUGGAGCAUGAGACUACAAAGACAAUGGACUAGUGGGGGGAUCUUAAUUUCAUUGGAAGGAUAUCAUUACAAGCCUUUGUAAUAUCUCAUAUUAAUGAAAUAAUACCAUGGUAAGUGAUACCAAGAAGAUGCUAUCAUGAUAACACACAAAAUAAUAUAUAACUACUAUGAUGUGUAAUAUGAAAUCCUGAUGAUGCAGAUUUAAAAAUAUGAGCACCAAUUAUCUACCAUACAUAACAUUAUUAUCAAUAUUACUAUGACCAAAGUAUGAACUUUUAUCUUCGAUACAUUUGGAUUUGUUAAAGCACUUAUUAUGAAUACAAAAUUGACACAUUAUGCAUGGAGAAGCAAAGGAUAAGGCCAAGCAUGAUCCAUAUAUAUAUAUAUAAUUAAUGAUACACCAUGUUUAUAACAUGAUCGCAAGAUGAUAAAGAGUGAGUUAUUUGGUGCUGAUGCAAUAAAAAUGUGGUACUGCCCUUGAAAAGUACCCAGGA